ACGAAGUCGCAUGUGAUAUCAGCAGGCCGUCCCCGGCUGGUGGCGCGGCGUGCGUGGUAGUGUGCCCCUGUCCGCGACGCCGAGCGCCGCGAUGCUCGCGCUCUCACGGUAUAAACAAACCUUAAACAAUUACUUAUCUCGCCGCGAUUAAACGAUACCACUAUCAGACCGUGAUACCUCAGUGUGAUAACAGAUAAGGACCCGAGUGCUCUACCUUCACUUUUGUGUAUUAUGUAAAACAAGGAUUUUGUGAACCAUGGCAGCGACGACGGGCCGCAAGAGUAACUCCAUUCACGACUACCCAGAACACCUGAAUCCCUUCCACGAGGAAGAUAACCACAACAAGAUCCGAUUUUGGACUAUCGGCCGAAAGCUCAGCAGGACGAAUAGCAUCAGCUUUUCUGGGAUUAAGGACCUGAAAAAUUCAUGGUCACUCCGCUCGUUUAUGAGAAAGAAUAAGAAGAAGCAGUCGCAAGACAGCAAGCUCGACCAGCAGGUGAACGGCGACAGCAGUCCCGUGGUCUACCGCCGCGCGCUACAAUACACAUCGACGUCAGGGGCGCGCAGCACCGUCGGGUCCCCGGAACACGCGGACCGCUACAUCUACGGGGGCUCCAUCACGCCGCUGCCGCGCUCGCGGUUCCAGGAGCGCCUGCGCAGCCCUAGCAACUAUGAGGUCAACUCACUCAGUACGACACCCCGCAUGGCUCGCAGCGAGGUGUCGGGCUCCCGGCUGAGCGUGGAGAGCACGAACCCAUUUGACGAGGCUCCGAUACCUCCCGUGCGUGCCUCCCGACGCAAGAAGAAACGUGCGCCGAUGCCACCACAAGGCGCGGCCGAUACCUCCGCAAGUAGCAUAAACACCACAUUGAACAUCAGCGAAGUCGAAGAAAAAGCUCCAAAGAAAGAUCCGGAUUUGGAAGUCGAAGAUGAAAACUUUAACGUCGAACUUAAAAUAGUUGAGGACGAGGAAGUGAAAUCCAACGAUAAGAAAACAGAGAAACCUCCAGAUGUCGUUCAAGACACAAUUGUAGAAACCGUAAAAGAUUCCACAACCGAAGCUGUCCAUAAAGAUACAACGAUAGACAUUUCAAACGAAACUACAGCUACAGAAACAAUACAAGUUUCAAAUAAUAACUCAGUCACGGCACCCAUUUUGACACAUCAGGAUUCUGACGAUGUCGUGGUUAGGAGCGCAGAGAAUGGACUACGUGAGACUAAAUUGAGUAACGCGGAUUCGGAAGGCGAUAUUCUUGAUAAGGUAUCAUUCCCCAAAGUUGACAUUACCAAAUAUAGAAGAAAUUCCAGCGUCAACGAAGACGAAAUUCGACUCAGAAGAGGUAACUUAGAAGAUUACCAUACACUCGCAAAUAAGAGAAGCAAGAGUCUUACCAACACCUCGGACCCGGUCUACGUGGCAUAUGACAUUAACCUUAACGAAAGCAGGUCCGACAGAGAUCUAAAUGGUAACGACGAGCCCCAAAAAGUAAUUUGUAAACUCUAUGACGAAGCGGUGAGAAAACAAAGUGUCGAUAAUUCUAUUUCCAGUACUGAAAAAGAAUUUAUCGAAAUCGAUAGAGCUACAAGGGAGCUAGAAAGGGAAAUCAGCAAGUUGAACUCUGCUUUAAUAGACGAUGAAGACAUACUGGGUGCGCCUCGGUUGUCCGUCACUGAUAUAAAACGCAGAUUUGACAACAAUAAUUCCUCGCCCCCUAAUCCCAUACCAAAGCCUAGAAGAAGCCAUUAUGGGGGUAAUUCGCCUGACCACGUCUAAGAUUAACAAUAUGUUUUUAAUACUGUAAAACGCAGUAGUUAAUUUGGUAAGUUGCUGCCAGUGGUCUUUUUAUUCCCUGUAGUAAUAGUCAAUAUAAGCCGUGAGAUUGAAAAUUAAACAAUACAGGAGGCUGUUUUAUAAAUUCCUGGAAACUGCCUGCAUAAUACAAGUGAGGAUCUCUUUCUAAAAAAAAGUUGAAGACACUGCGUUAAUUAGAGAUUAGAUACAUGCGUUUAUAAAAUGACUCCCCAGUAAUUGCAUCUACUGGUGAGCCGCGGAUAUACCGAUUCUAGUUAUUAGUUCUAUUACUUGUAGGGACUAAAUAGUGCCAGCUACCGGGAAUAACUCUAAUUUUUUAAUACAACUACAUUGGGGAAAGUAGUUACCGUGUAUUUUAUACACUUGCGAUUAUAUGUCAUAUUUGUUACAUUCAAAUUACACGUUUUAAAUGAUUAGUUUUGGAUCUCACAUGUCUAAUUCAGAAUACAGUAGUUUGUAUUGGUUAGAGAGGUGUGAACUACAUAUAUCAUAAGUAGUGAGAACACUGGCUGAUGGUGGAAGUUUUGCCAUAAAUAAUUAUAGUAAUAUAUCAGUGUAAGUGUAAGUUUUUCAAUGUGAUAAUUUCAUUUCCUAUAAAUAAUUUUAUUUAUGUUUACUUAUUAAUAAUGAUAGGCUGAUAGAAACACUUAUUCUAGAUUAAAACGUAAUAUGUUUAUCAAAAACAAACUGUUUUUAAUGUUGCUCGUUGUUUAAUAAAUUAUUAUUUUAAUAGUGGUGA